AUGUUGUGCCAAGUUCUAGUUUUCUUUUUAGCUGUCUGGAGUGUUUCGUCUCUGGGUUUGCCUGAUUACAUCAAGUCGUGCUCCAGAAAUGAUCCAAAUUUGAACAUAUGUGCCUUGAAAUCAGCUAAUGAUUCAAUUCACCAAUUCUCCUUGGGAGAUCCCGAGAGGCUCAUGCCUUCUUUAGAUCCCUUAUAUGUUGCUGAAAUGAGGGUACAUGUCCCUGACAAAAAUGGCUUAAGAAUUGUCUUCAAAGAUAAUUAUUUCAAGGGUUUCUCGAAGCUACAACUUGUGGAUUUAAGAUUCGACCUGGACAAAAAAUUUAUAAUAGCGGAUGCAUUGGUUAAUCUUGAUGUAAAGAACGUAUAUGAGAUCAGCGGAAAGAUUCUGCUUUUGCCGAUACGGUCUAGUGGUGACGCUUCCAUUAAAUUAAAAAAUACUCUUUUACACCUCCAAAUAUGGUAUGAACAUGUUACUAAAGAUGAUGGUCAAAUCCAUUGGAAUAUCACAAAACACAGUGUUAAGUUUGAAAUGGAAAGAGCUACGUUUAAGUUGGAUAAUCUAUUUAAAGAUAAAGCUAUAGGUGAUCAAAUCAACAAGCUCAUUAAUGAAAUGUGGAGGGAAGUUGUGGCUGAAGUUGGUCCAUCGAUUUGUGAAUAUCUCACAUCGUCAGUUUUAAACAAUUUAUCGAUUUUGUUCAAACAAGUACCGUAUGAACAACUUAUGCCUGAAUAA